UCCACCAUGAGCUGCUGUGAGGAGGAGGAGGACCCUUUCCCUGCUGACCACAGUUUGUUUACCGAGACAUUUUCAGAGGAGACGGUUUACCGGCUGCUCGGUGAGGAGCUGAAGAUCAGACAGGUGUUCGGAGCGAACCUCGGAGUGGCUGCCCCGGUGUGGGAAGCUGCGUUAUAUCUCUGUAACUACCUGGAGCAGCAGCGCGUGGAGCUGCGGGGGAAGCGCAUCAUCGAGCUGGGAGCGGGCACCGGGGUGGUCGGCAUAGCCGCGGCUCGUCUGGGUGCAGAGGUGACGCUCACGGAUCUCCCUAUGGCUCUUUCAUAUCUUGAGGCCAAUGUUUGUAUUAACAAGCCUUCCAGUGGCUGGCUCUCUACCCCUCCUUCCGUCCUUCCUCUGUCCUGGGGUGAGGACCACAUCAACUUUUCUUCUGACUGGGAUCUGGUGCUCGGUGCAGAUAUCGUUUACCUCCCAGAGACUUAUCCACUGCUCAUGGAGACACUCACCCAUCUGUGCAGCAAGAAAGCAUUGGUAUAUCUCUCCUCCAAAAUAAGAGAAGAGCACCAGACUCCCAUCUUCUAUGAUGAAUAUCUACCCAGCAGGUUUAACGUGGAGCUUGUGCACCGGGACGACAAUCAGAACUACAGUAUCUACAGAGCCUCCCUCAGGACAGAGCAGUGAUAACAGGGAGCGCCUGCUGGAGGACUGGGAAGUUUACAAAGAGCAGCUUUGACUCUGGUCUCUGUGCUCUUCCUCGUUGCCCUUUCUAAAAAAGAAAUGAGGGAAAUUUGUGAAAAACAGGUGAAGCAACUUUUAAUCACAUGAACUGAAAAUAUUCCGUUUAUAUGUCACUUUGUGU